AUAUUUUAAAAAUUCAUGUUCAGUCAGAAACUUAUUGCACCUUCGUUUUAAUUCCUAACACUUACUGUUGAUGCUGUUAACUGAUACGCAAUAAUCCAAUAUUGUGAGCGAUAAUUAUUAAGUUUUUUUCGCUGUCUUGACGAUUUUAGUGUAGGACUACCCUGUAUAGUAAGAACAAUUGUAUUAAAUGAAGAAAAACUGCAAUAGCACGAGGAAUUAAUUUUCAUCCCGGCGUUUGUAUGGCCGUUGCCUACUGUGCAUUGGUCCCAGUGAUUUUAUUGCGAAACCUAAACUUGGACAUGGGGUUGUGCAACGGCACGCGACUGCAGAUAGUACACACGAAAGCGAACUACAUUCACGCCAAAAUACUGACGGGCAAACGGCGCGGCGAUGACGUAUUGCUUCCUCGCAUAUAUUGCGACAGCAAUGAUAAAGGACAUGCAUUCCAAUUCCGCCGUAAACAGUUCCCUAUUCAGGUGUGCUUCUCAAUGACCAUCAACAAGGCACAAGGACAAUCUCUACAUCAUUUGGGUCUAUACCUGCCGAAACCCGUUUUCGCACACGGUCAACUCUACGUUGCACUAUCCCGUGUGACAUCACGAUCCAAAAUUGCCAUUCUGAUACCGAAUCCAGAACGAGAAGAUGAUGAAGGUGUCGCGACCAAAAACAUUGUUUACGGGGAAGUAGUUGGCGAUCAACCAAGUAAGUACCGGUAUCUUCAAAUCAACCCUUUCUGUCGUAAUAUUUAUUUCAACUGUUGUCAAACCAACUAACACUGCAAUGCAUUAUAUUAUAUUAUAUUAUAUUAUAUUAUACAUUUCGC